GCCGGGGAAGCCUGGUCGGGCGGCCGGAGCGACGAUGAGCGGCUCGGCGCGGGCGGGCCCGGCCCGGCUGGCCGCGCUGGCGCUGCUGGCCUGCUGCGGCGUGUGGGCGCGGGCGCGGGCGGACAACGCGAGCCAGGAGUACUACACGGCGCUCAUCAACGUGACGGUGCAGGAGCCGGGCCGCGCCGCGCCGCUCACCUUCCGCGUCGACCGCGGGCGCUACGGGCUCGACUCGCCCAAGGCCGAGGUCCGCGGGCAGGUGCUGGCGCCGCUGCCCGUGCACGGAGUGGCUGAUAACCUUGGCUGUGACCCUCAGACGCGGUUCCUUGUCCCUCCGAACAUCAAACAGUGGAUUGCCUUGCUUCAGAGGGGAAACUGCACCUUCAAAGAGAAAAUAUCCCGGGCUGCUUUCCACCAUGCUGUGGCAGUAGUCAUCUACAACAACAAAUCCAAGGAGGAGCCAGUCACAAUGACUCAUCCAGGUACGGGGGACAUCAUUGCUGUGAUGAUCACAGAACUGCGAGGAAAGGACAUUUUGAGUUACCUGGAGAAGAAUGUCUCAGUGCACAUGACCAUAGCCGUAGGCUCACGGAUGCCACCCAAGAACUUCAGCCGUGGCUCGUUGGUCUUUGUGUCCAUAUCUUUCAUCGUGCUCAUGAUCAUCUCCUCCGCUUGGCUUAUUUUCUACUUCAUCCAGAAGAUUAGAUACACAAAUGCCCGGGACAGGAACCAGCGUCGCCUGGGAGAUGCUGCCAAGAAAGCCAUUGGCAAGUUGACUACCAGGACUGUGAAAAAAGGUGAUAAGGAGACAGAUCCAGACUUUGAUCACUGCGCCGUGUGUAUUGAGAGCUACAAGCAGAAUGAUGUUGUCCGGAUCCUGCCCUGCAAGCAUGUGUUCCACAAAUCCUGUGUGGAUCCUUGGCUUAGUGAACACUGCACCUGCCCAAUGUGUAAAUUGAACAUUCUGAAGGCGCUGGGCAUCGUGCCGAACCUCCCGUGCACAGAGAAUGUGGCGCUAGAUGUGGAACGCCUCACACGCACACAAGCUGUGAUCCGGCGUGUGGCCCCGGGUGAGCUGACCAGCAGUGACAAUUCCCUGGGUCUGGAGCCAUUGAGGACGGCGGGGAUGUCACCCCUUCCCCAGGAUGGGGAGCUGACACCCCGUACUGGAGAGAUCAACAUUGCGGUCACGAAAGAGUGGUUCAUUAUUGCCAGUUUUGGCCUCCUCAGUGCCCUCACACUCUGCUACAUGAUCAUCAGAGCUACUGCUAGCUUGAAUGCCAAUGAGGUAGAAUGGUUUUGAAGAAGACAAAAACCAAAAACAAAAGCAAAACAAAAAAAAUACACACACACCAAAAAACAAAACAAAACAAAAAACACCAAACAAACUGCUUUUCUGACUGAUUGCCUUGAAGGAAAAACAAAAAGAGAACCUAUUUUUAUGCAUCAUUUACCGAUCAUGCCUCACAAGCGUUUAUUUUUAGAACGUUUUCUUUUUCAUAAACUUGCUAAUGCCCAAAGCUUUGUAUUAAAAGAAAGAAAUAAUAAAAAGUAAAAAAAAAAAAAAAA